CUGGAGCAGUUCUCCAUGGGCAGCCAGCCCGUCUGCUGCCACUUCAAAAAUCCCAGCCAACGCAAAAAACAAACCCAAAGACUUGAAAAACACGCUCCUCGGUUUGGAAGACGCAGACGCUCGAGUUCGGAACAUGAAGUUUCCCAGCCCCGUGUCACACACUGGAAAAAAUUACCGUUUUCAUAAGUCUUACUCUCGGCUUUGCCCAGAAUGCCCAGAGCCAGAGUGAGUACAGAGACGAAGGAAUCAGCACCCGAGAGGCCGGUGCGAGUCGCCAAGCGGCCUCCUUUCGCUGCGGUGAGAACCUCAUCAAGUCCCCGCCAAGAGAGGAGUCUCUGUCUUGGAGAGGUCAGGACGAACCUUGGCUCCAGUCCUUUCAACCUUCACACUCACCUGCAGGAAAGAAGACUGCAGAAAGCAUGCGUGCUGCAAAUGGGGCCAACACCAGAGGCAUCGCGCUGCCAGAGAAAACCGUCGGUAGCAAAGGCACCGCCCAUGAGAAGGACGCCGGGAUGCCCGGCAACCUCGUGCCGGCUGUCAAGCAGUCCAGCGAGACGCAGUGGGAAUAUCACAACGUGGCCACCGACAUCGUCUCUGCCUCACAGAAACCACACCCCGGAGACCAACUGGACAUGCAACUCAUCCAGCAGCUGUGGUCCCUCAUCCCCAACAGUGACGUGAGGAAGCUCAUUGCUCACGGGAUCCGGACUCUGAAAUGGACCGCUCUGAGCCCCAGGUGAGGCUGGCGUGUGCCAAGCUCCUCUCCGGAACCGGCCUCCUGAUGAAGCGUCUCAGUGAGCAGCAGGAAGUAAAGGUUCCCGAGGCAGAAUGGGAUACAGACCAGUGGAAGACUGAGAACUACAUCAGUGAGAGAAGGAAGACCAGGGUGAGCAGAACAGCCAGAGGCAAGUGAAGUGAGAAUAGAUCUUUCUUUCUUUCUUUCUUUCUUUCUUUCUUUCUUUCUUUCUUUCUUUCUUUCUUUCUUUCUUUCUUUCUUUCUUUCUUUCUUUCUUUCUUUCUUUCUUUCUUUCUUUCUUUCUUUCUUUCU